AGGUUGAACGUCUCCUCCUAUCCGUCCUUUUUCCUCAUCAACGGUGGCCGGCACGAACCUUUCUCAGGACCCUCAGCAGAAGAGAUUGCUGCCUUUGUGUCAGCACGAGUUCGAGGAAAGGAUCCUGAUCGUGAGAUUCGCAAAGUGCUGCUGAAAAUGAGACCCAUGCUCUAUCGUGAUGAUACACCUCCCGAGGAGGUUCUGGACCUAGAGCCGGAGCUCUUUGACGACACGGUCUUGAAGAACUAUCCGGAAAACAAUCGGAUAUGGAUCAUCGAGUUUUACAGCGACAAAUGCCCCUUUUGUAGGAGCCUGAAGUCCGAAUACCGGCGAGCUGCACGCGAGGUGGACAGGAGAGUCAUGCGCUUUGCCGCGGUGAACCUGCGAGCCUUCCCGGAUCUCGCGGAGAGGUUUGGAGUGUCGUCGUACCCUUUGAUCAUCUCGCUCUAUGCAGGGCGUCGAGGGGAAGACAUGACUGGCUUGGGAGGUGCCGAGAGUAUCGUUCGCUUUGCCAAGGAGCAACACCGCAAGUUCUUUUCCAAGUCUCCCGACUGGGCCAAAGAAAUGCCCAAGUGGCCAACGCAGGAUUCCUUGAGCUCUCCCGCAGAGUUCGGAGCUUGGAACGGUACAGGCGGUACCUGGCGGGAGCUCUUGGGUAGAAGCACCUGGUUUUUGCUUCAUACUCUAGCGGCCAGAUAUCCUGAAGUUCCCAGCAAAGCCGAUCGUGUGGCAAUACAAAACUUCAUGGCAGCUUUGGGGCAGCACUAUCCCUGCCCCAUUUGCCGAAGACAUCUGCGAGACAAGCUAAUGUCGCUGCCAGUUGCGAGUGAAAAUCGGCGGGAACUCAGUCUGUGGUUGUGCCAGCUGCACAAUUCGGUGAACAAAGAUCUUCACAAAGCGCAGCACUCGUGCAACUCUUUUGAACUGGACCUCCAGUACCUCAAGACUUGUGGGGACUGUACCCAGCAGGCAUCCAUAGACGAGGAGGAGCCACCUCAGCCCGGACAUUGGAAUUACUUCCACUACAUGGAGACGAAUCCGAUUCCGGUUCAAGCCUCGAAAUCCGAAGAGCUGUGAUGCCGUGGCGCCGCUGACAGCUGAGCUGGAAAAAAAUGCGGGUGCUAGAAGGGCGAGGUCGGUGGACUUUGAUGCAGAUUGUUUUGGGUGUCGCGAACUGCAGGCCUGAGCUGGAG